AUGGUCUGCCGGCGCCCCUCCGGCGUCUCCCCCUUCCCUGUGGAGGAGACCGACGAGGAAGGCGCCGCGCUAGAAUGGCCCUUGGGCCGCCUCGACGACCUCACCCGCGACGACUUCCGUGCCACCGCGUACGAGAUCUUCUUCACCUCCUGCCGCUCCUCCCCUGGCUUCGGCGGCAGAUCAGGCACUUGCGACCCCCCAAACCAAGCCGGCCGCUCCCCCGCCUCCUCCCACGUCGCCGGCGGAGGCGGAGGUGGCGCGAAUAUGUCCGUCAACAGCCGCAUCAAGAAAUCCCUAGGUCUUCGCACGCGGCGGGCCACCCCGAUGCGGGUCAUGUCGCACCUCUCGUCGCCCGUGAUGUCGGUGAUGUCGCCCGCCAUGGGCGUGGCCGCAGGAUUACUAGGUCUGUCCUCGGGGAAGAUGAGGCAGCGCCCCAUGACCUCGGCGGAGAUCAUGCGCCAGCAGAUGGGCAUCACGGAGCAGCGAGAUAACUGCCUCCGGAAAACCCUCGUCCGCGCCUUCGUCGGUCAGGGCGGGAAAAAGGUGGAAACCAUCAUUCUUCCCCUGGAGCUCCUUCGCCACUUGAAACCCUCGGAUUUCAAUGAUGCACACGAGUACCACCGUUGGCAACGGAGGCAGCUCAAAAUCCUCGAAGCCGGCCUCCUCCUGCACCCUUCCGUCCCCUUGGACCGAUUGAACUCCGCGGCCAUCCGACUGGCCGACGUCAUCCGAUCGAGCUCCGUGAAGCCCAUAGACACCGGUAAGAACUCGGAAGCCAUGCGCACGCUUGGCAACUCCGUCAUGGCUCUCGCGUGGCGGUCCAAUGGGGUUCCCGGCGUGGUCUGCCAUUGGGCCGACGGCUACCCCCUCAACGUCUACCUCUACUUGACCCUGCUCCGCUCCGUGUUCGACCGGAGAGAUGAGACGGUGGUGCUGGACGAAGUAGACGAGCUUCUCGAGCUGAUGAAGAAGACAUGGAGCACCUUCGGCGUCAACAGGACGGUCCAUAACGUCUGCUUCACUUGGCUCCUGUUCGAGCAGUACAUCACCACCGGGCAAGUGGAACCCGACCUGAUCUCCGCAACGCUGGCCAUGCUCGUCGAGGUGGCCAACGACGCCAGGAGGCAACACAGAGAGCCCGGCCAUGUGCGAGUUCUAUCGGCUUUGCUCGGCACAAUGCAAUCGUGGGCCGAGAAGCGACUGCUCGAGUACCACGCGUGGUACGACAAAGGCGCAGUUGGGGCGAUGGAGAACGUGCUUGGUCUGGCACUCCUGACCUCGCAGACACUCAGCGAAGAUGCUUCGACCAACGGAAUCCUGGGGGUUUUCCCGCAGCGCACGCCUUCGUUUCGAACCAAAUUCUCAUCCGUAAGCUCCGUCGAACGCUACAUAAGGUCUUCCUUGAAGACUGCUUUCACCAAGGUGUUCGAGAACGGAAACGGAAAGUUCGACAGCAUGGUGGUAGAAGUAGACGAGAACCCAAAUGACACGCUGGUUCAUCUCGCGAAAGAGGUAGAAAACUUGGCCGUGUUCGAGAAGGAGAACUAUAGCUCCAUACUCAAAAGAUGGCAUCCGGUCCCGGGAGUUGUCGCGCUGAUGACCCUCCACGCUUGCUACGGCAUCGUGCUAAGGCAGCAUUUGUCGCGGAUUGAAGGCCUGACCAACGAGUUGGUCAGGGUCCUGCACGUCGCCGGCAAGUUGGAGAAGCUGCUGGUUCAGAUGGCGGUCGAGGAGUUAGCCGAGGCUGAGGCCGAAGCGAAGGCAAUCUUGAGGGAAAUGGUUCCGUACGAGGUGGACUCCGUCAUCUUGAGCCUCUUGAGGAACUGGAUAGAUGAGAGGUUGAGGAUGGGGAGGGAGUGUGUUACCAGAGCCAAGGAAAUUGAGAGCUGGAACCCCAAGUCCAAGACGGAGCCAUACGCGCAGUCGGCAGUUGAUCUGAUGAAGGUGGCCAAGGUGACGGUGGAUGAGUUCUUCGAGAUCCAAGUUGGAGGAAGGGAUGGCGUUGUUCAGAUCCUCACGGAAAGCUUGGAUUCUCUGAUUCAGGAUUACACUUCUUUCGUCGCAUCGUGUGGUUCUAAACAGAGUUACGUUCCAGCCGUUCCACCAUUGGCGAGAUGCAACCAAGAUUCCUUGGUCUUCUUCCUGUGGAAGAAGAUAGCCACCCCGUGCAGAGCCGGUAUCGACCCCAUCCUCUUCGGUUGUAAGUCCGGGGUCAAGCCCAACGUUCUCCACGUUCGCAGAGGCGGCGGCGGCCACCGCGCCACCCACCCCGGCCCCACCGUCAGCCGCGGCACGAAGCGGCUUUACGUCCGCCUCAACACCCUCCACUACCUCCUCGGCCUCCUGCACUCCGUCGACAAGUCCCUCUCCUUCUUCUCCCGCCCCGGGCCUUCGCCUUCCCCACGCACCCCCCGGUGCACCCCGCUCCGCCGCCGCACAGGCGGACCGACUAACUUCGACCUCGCCCGCUCCACCAUCCACGGUGCCAUUGCCCACGUCGCCGAGGUCGCUGCUCACCGCCUCAUCUUCCUCGACUCCGCUUCGUCCUUCUACAAUUCCAUCUACGUCGGCAAUGUGGCCGACUCCCGCGUCCGCCCCACCAUCCGCUCCCUCAAGCAGAACCUCUCCCUCCUCGUCACCAUGCUCUCCGACCGCGCGCAGCCGCUGGCGGUUCGCGAGAUCAUGAAGGCAUCCUUCGAGGCCUUCCUGCUGGUGUUGCUCGCCGGCGGCCCCGCCAGGGCCUUCUACCGCUCCGACUACGAGAUGGUGAUUGAAGACGUGGCCAACCUGAAGCGCAUCUUCUGCACCUGCGGCGAGGGGCUGGUGACAGAGGAGGUGGUCCAGAAGGAGGCGGCAAGGGUUGAGGGGGUGGUAUCGCUGAUGAGCCUACCGUCGGAGAAGCUGGUGGAGGACUUAACUUUCAUGGCGUGCGAGACUAUCGGUCUGGGGAGAUCCAUGGAGAGGUUGCCGAUGCCCCCAACGACCGGCCGAUGGAGCGGAACCGAUCCCAACACGGUCCUCAGGGUGCUAUGCCACCGGAACGACGACGUCGCCAACAGGUUCUUAAAGAGGGCUUUCAACUUGCCGAAGAGGAAAUGAUGCGAGGAAAUUAAAUAAAUAAAAAAUGUAGAUAAAAAAAGUUGCCAGUGAUCUUAGGAACCAAACCAUCGUUCUAAUAAGCCGAGUUGCAUUUCCCACUGACAAGAAUGACCAUGGCAAAGAAAUAAACCGCCACCUUUAUUACAAUAUAUAGAACCAAAAAUACAAAGCAAUAAUUCUAGAAAAUAUACCCUCUUGAGUUGCAGGGAAACAAAUUACUUUUUUCUGAAUCCGUAGAAUAGUGGCAACAUGGUAUUCUUUUGUUCUGAAUAAUAGAAGGGAACCUGCUUUUGAAGGAA